GACAUGGCAGAAACUAAAACCUUCCAGCCUGGAGCAGCCUGUGCUCUCACCUUUUUCUUUGUCCUAAUCUGUUGGGUUGAUGCAGCCUCCUUCCAGCAGCAUGAGCUGCUUCAGAAAGAUCCAGACUAUGCAAUGAAAAACUUUCAAAGGCUCCCCAAUCCCGAUAUGAUCAAAGCACUGGAAUACAUCGAAGACCUUCGCAAGCAAACCAACAAGGGAGAAAGCAGCCCCGAUUACAACUCUUAUCAAAGUGUCCCAUACCUGAUCCCACAGAGAGACAGCAAGGACCAGCUUCACCUCCGGGAUAGUGUACGGGAUUCUUUGACUGAAGAUGAGUCCCAAUGGGUCAAGGUAAUGCUGGAAGCCUUGCGGCAAGCUGAGAAGGAGUCAAAAGCUGCCCCAAAGGAGAAUAAACCUUAUGGUCUGAGUUCAGAUAACAACUUUCCAGCUGGAGUUACUGAUGAUUACGAGGCUUACAAGUGGCCUGAGAGGUGGCAAAAGUACCUCAAAAUGCCACUUGGACACUAUGAAGACAGUUCAAGAGACAGUCCCUUCAAGCGUACCAACGAAAUCGUGGAGGAGCAAUACACCCCCCAGAGCCUGGCCACGUUGGAGUCGGUGUUCCAGGAGCUGGGCAAGAUGGCAGGUCCCAGCAACCACAAGAAAGAAAGGCUGGAUGAGGACCAGAAAUUGUACACAGACGAUGAAGAUGAUGUGUAUAAAGUGAAUAACAUCGCCUAUGAAGAUGUGGUUGGAGGAGAAGAUUGGAAUCCAAUAGAGGAAAAAGUGGAAAGCCAGACCCAGGAAGAGAUAAAAGAUAGCAAAGAGGAGAUUGAUAAACAUGAAGAGGAGAUUGAUGAUGAAAUGAAAAGAUCUGGAAAACUCAACUUCCUUGAGGAUGAAAUAAGAAGAGAAAAUAAAGAUCAAGUGUCAGAGGAUGUUUCAAAAUUAAUGAAUUAUUACCUGAAGAGGCUGAUGGGUAGUGCUGGGAAUAGGAAAUUAAGGACUGGAGGAGAACUUGAGGAAAAAAGAGCAUCCAUGUUUUUGGAUAAACAACUUGAUCCCCAGGCUAUAGCUCAGCUGAUAGAAAUCUCAAGGAAUUUGCAAAUUCCUCCUGAGGAUUUAAUAGACAUAUUGAAAGCUGGAGAAAAAAAGCAGCUUCAGAGCGAAAGGUUGGAAGCUGAGCAGGAAAUGGAAUUCCCAGAAGACCUUGACGAGAUAACUGAAACCAAUCUAGGACAGAGCGAUAUAUUUAAAAAUAAUAUAAACUCUAAAAACGGGUACAUGCAGCAGUCUCCUAUUCCAGAAAAUCUACCUGAAGACCUCAAUAUUGAAGAUAUUGUCAGCCUUCUGGGAAACGACAAUUUAGCUAAUCAGAAUCCCUCCUACUUACUAAAUCGUCUUAAUCAAGAAAAUGAUUUGCCGAGACUGUCUUACAUUCCCAGAAGAUUGAAAGGACACCUGUUCCCUAAAGCUGCCUGGAUGAACAAUUUGGAAAGGCGACAAACGGAGUAUGAGAAACUGAACGAGAAGGAUGAAGAGCUGGCCGAUUACUUGGCAAAGGUGCUGGCCAAAUACCCUGAAGUGAUCAAUACGAACCAGAUGAAACGAGUCCCUGCUGCAGCUUCUGAGGGAGACCUGCAGGAAGAGGAGCACCUGGAGCAGGCCAUCCGAGAGCACCUAAACCAGCUGGGACCACAGGGGGCUGCCAAGUUGGCUUCGCUCAGCAAAAGGCUCUCCAUGGUCGGGGAAGCUGAUGACACACAAACCAGGCAGUACCUGGAUGAGGAUAUGCUGGCAAAGGUGCUGGAAUAUCUAAAACAGGAGAAAUCAGAGCUUGAAAGAGAUCACAUUACCAAGCGAGCAAUGGAAAACAUGUAA